AUUUACAGUCAGCACAAAUGCUCCAAUGCCCAACAUUUUUCGCGCUGAUAACCACUGAGUUUCUGGUCUGCAUUUGAACCCGGACAAUAGCCAUGGCGGUUGAUUUGGGACCUCUGGGCCAACAGAGCCUGGCUUCUACAGCGUUGAUAGGCGUGGGCGCCAUCACCAUUGCCUCAAUUGCGUUCACAACAUUCAGGGUGCUUCUAAGCACUUUUGUGCUCCCUGGUAAAUCUCUCUCGAAAUAUGGCCCCAAGGGCUCAUGGGCUGUCGUUACGGGGAGCUCUGAUGGCAUCGGUCGAGAAUAUGCCCUACAGCUAGCUAAGAAGGGCUUCAACCUGAUCCUGGUAUCGAGAACCGCUUCCAAACUCGAGUCCCUCGCCUCCGAAAUCAAGAACUUGUCAGCCAGUGCUGUGGUGGAAAUCCUGGCCAUGGACUUUUCACAAAACCGCGAUGCGGACUACGCGGCUUUGGCUUCUUUGGUGCAAGGGAAAAAAGUAGCAAUACUGAUCAACAAUGUCGGUCAAAGCCACAGCAUACCUGUGCCCUUUACCGAAACGAGCUUAUCUGAGAUGUCAAAUAUUAUCAACAUCAAUUGCAUGGGAACACUACGGGUCACACAAACUGUCCUACCAAGCAUACUGCCACAGAAGAAAGGCCUCAUCUUGACCAUGGGUUCGUUCGGUGGCCUGGCGCCGACUCCGUUGUUGGCUACGUAUUCUGGUUCCAAAGCUUUCUUACAACAAUGGUCAAAUGCAUUGGCUUCUGAGCUCUCGAGCAAAGGGAUUGAUGUGUUCAUGGUGCAUUCCUAUCUUGUUACGUCGGCCAUGUCUAAAAUUCGCCGCGCGAACUGGCAAGUGCCUACAGCAAAAGCUUUUGUCAAAUCAGUGCUGGCAAAGAUUGGUCGCAGAGGUGGAAGCAUUGGCUAUGCGCACAGCGGCACUCCUUACUGGAGUCAUGCCAUAGUAGCAGCCCUUAUCACCGGUGUAUUGGGUCCUAUGAACGGCUUGCUUCUCGAAUUCAACAGGAAAAUGCAUGUUGAUAUCCGGAGAAGAGCCCUCAGGAAGGCAGAACGAGAGGCACAAAAUGGCAAGAAGGAGACGUAGUGACGGAAUAAUGGAAGAAUGUCCAGAGAGCGUGACUGGCCAUUUGUUAGCGCAAGUCAGACGUUUCCGUGUGCCUUUUCACAUUUCAGAUACUGAGUACAAGUAUUGAUGGUGCGGAUGUGAA